AUGGAUCUGUGUGAGAGCACUGUGUGUGAGAGUGUCAAGGAUGUAGAUAACUGCGCCUCAGACUAUCUUCUUUCCUUUGCAGAAAAUCAUUUUAUUUGUAAUACCUGGUCUUCAAAGAAAACUUCCAAUGAAAAAGAAGAGGUCAAAGAACAAGGAAAUCAUAUGCUUGACCUUAAGGAACUAAUAUCAUGUGAGGGAAACUCAAAGGACUGUGAGCAGUACAGUUGUGACACUAUUUUGCAUUUUAUUGAAGAGCUCAUGAGGCAGAGAAAAGAUAUAAAUUCUGAGAUCCUAGUGAAAAUCUGGGGUGCAGUUUAUACAUAUAAAAGAUCAAUAGACUUUGAAAAACAUAACUGUGAACUAAUUGAAGAAGAUUGUGAACGUAUAAGUAAUGAAAUUAUUGCACUGCGAGAGGAGUGGUCUCAACUAGAGAUUGAAAAUGCUGAACUGCAAGAUGAGCUAUGCAGUUUGAGGGCCACCCUUGAAAGUUUAGAAUUAAAUGAUGCAGCAAGCCUCCAAGCAGAGGAGAAUGAAGAGCUUUCAAGAACCCCGGCUCAAGAAGAACAGUUUAAGUUGUACCUGUCACUGACACAGAGUUUGCAUGAAAUGAGAAGGAGAAAUAGGGAACUAGAAGAAGAAAUAGACAGGUAUAUGGACCUGUGCACAAUGAUGGAGGAGGACUCAGAUGGACAUCAAAAUGGAGAGUUUUCAGGUUAUAAUGCUUCAAGUACAAGUCACUGCGAAGAGGAUACGGUACUGAAACUAAGAGAGAAGCUUGAAAGUAUGGAAACAAAACUACAACAAGAAUUAAUCCGCUGCCAAUGCAAGGAAGAUGAAAAUAAUCUUUUGGAGCAGAAAAUAGCAGAAAGGAAAGCAGCCCGGGAGAACCGUGAAGCGGAAGAGGGUAGAAUAAAGCAGCUUGAAGAGAAAAUACUCAGCCUCAAAGCCGAUAUGGACAAGAACAUGGUAGAGCGAAGUGAGGUAGAAAAUCAUAAGAAAGCCAUUGAAGAGCAAGCUAGGAGUCAAGUCAUGGAAAAAAUAAACCAAGAGAACCAAGUCUUACAGGUAACUAUAGUCAUUUGUCCUGUGCUGUAA